UUUCCUGUACACUUGAAAGCACAGCUCCAAAAAUAUAAACAAAGAGCUUCACUUUAUUUUAAAUGAAUUCAAUAGAAACUCCAAGAAUCAAAGCCUCAGAAAGAAGAAAUCUGAACUGCUCAUUCUUUUUCAACUUACAGUUCAUGGAUCUUGAAAAGAAGGGUGUGUAGACCAGGGACUAUCAGGGGUGGAGACAAUUAACUGAGCAUGGAGUCCUGUAACUGCAUUGAGCCACAAUGGCCUGCUGAUGAGUUGUUGAUGAGAUAUCAAUAUAUCUCAGAUUUCUUUAUAGCGCUUGCUUACUUUUCCAUCCCAUUGGAGUUAAUCUAUUUUGUCAAAAAAUCUGCUGUGUUUCCUUAUAGAUGGGUGCUUGUGCAGUUUGGUGCAUUUAUAGUUCUUUGUGGAGCUACGCAUCUUAUAAAUUUGUGGACCUUUACCAUGCACUCAAGAACUGUGGCCGUAGUCAUGACAGCGGCAAAAGUUUUGACGGCUGCCGUGUCAUGUGCGACAGCUCUAAUGCUCGUACACAUUAUACCUGACUUAUUAAGUGUCAAAACAAGGGAACUAUUUUUGAAAAAUAAGGCUGCAGAGCUAGAUCGAGAAAUGGGCCUAAUUCGUACACAGGAAGAAACUGGAAGACAUGUUAGAAUGUUAACUCAUGAAAUAAGAAGCACUCUUGAUAGACAUACUAUCCUAAAGACUACGCUUGUUGAGUUGGGCAGAACUUUAGCCUUGGAAGAGUGCGCAUUAUGGAUGCCAACACGCAGUGGAGUAGAGCUUCAACUGUCAUAUACUCUUCAUCACCAAAAUCCUGUUGGAUUUACUGUACCUAUACAGCUUCCUGUGAUUAAUCAAGUUUUUAGUACAAACCGUGCAGUAAAAAUAUCACCAAAUUCUCCUGUAGCAAAACUCCGACCUUCUGGAAAGUACAUGCAAGGAGAGGUUGUCGCUGUGCGUGUUCCCCUCCUGCAUCUCUCUAAUUUUCAAAUAAAUGAUUGGCCAGAGCUGUCAACAAAGCGCUAUGCCCUCAUGGUAUUGAUGCUUCCUUCAGAUAGUGCAAGGCAAUGGCAUGUCCAUGAGUUGGAGCUUGUGGAAGUAGUUGCCGAUCAGGUAGCAGUAGCUCUUUCACAUGCAGCAAUUUUGGAAGAGUCAAUGAGGGCUAGGGAUCUUCUUAUGGAGCAAAAUGUUGCCCUUGAUCUGGCAAGAAGAGAAGCAGAAACAGCUGUUUGUGCUCGUAAUGACUUCUUGGCUGUUAUGAAUCAUGAAAUGAGAACACCCAUGCAUGCAAUUAUUGCACUUUCGUCUCUACUUCAGGAGACUGAACUAACUCCUGAGCAACGCUUGAUGGUUGAAACAAUUCUCAAAAGUAGCAACCUUCUGGCUACUCUUAUCAAUGAUGUCUUAGAUCUUUCAAGGCUUGAGGAUGGUAGUCUUCAACUUGACAUAGAACCUUUUGAUCUUCAUGGUCUCUUCAAGGAGGUUCUUAACUUGAUAAAACCUAUCGCAUCUGUCAAAAAGUUGUUUGUCACACUGAGUAUGUCAUCUGAUUUGCCAGAGUAUGCGAUUGGUGAUGAAAAGCGGCUGAUGCAGAUCAUGUUAAAUGUUGUUGGCAAUGCUGUGAAAUUCUCAAGAGAGGGUGGCAUCUCAAUUUCUGCAUCUGUUGCAAAAUCUGAUUCUUUGAGAGAUCCUCGAGCUCCUGAUUUUUUCCCUGUGUUCAGUGAUAAUCACUUUUAUCUGCGUAUCCAGGUAAAAGACACAGGAUCAGGAAUUAGCCCCCAAGAUAUUCCUAAGCUAUUUACAAAAUUUGCACAGAGCCAGUCAUUAGCAGCUAAAAAUUCUGGUGGUAGUGGUCUUGGUCUUGCAAUUUGUAAGAGGUUUGUUAAUCUCAUGGAUGGGCACAUUUGGCUUGAAAGUGAAGGUCUUGGCAAGGGAUGUACUGCUAUCUUUAUGGUAAAACUUGGACUAUGUGGGCGUUCAAAUGAAGCUAAGCUCCAAUACGUGUCCAGAGCCCCUGUAAAUCAUGGACGAACAAAUUUUACCGGGCUCAAGGUCAUUGUAAUGGAUGAUAACGGGGUUAGCAGGAUGGUGACCAAGGGGCUGCUUGUGCAUCUAGGUUGUGAUGUUGCAACUGUCAGCUCUGGAGACGAGUGCUUGAAAGUAGUUAAUAAUGAGCACAAGGUGGUAUUCAUGGAUGUGAGCAUACCCGGUAUAGACAUUUAUGCAGUUGCAGUCAGGAUACAUGAAAAAUUUGCAAGACGUCGUGAUAGGCCACUCAUUGUGGCCUUGACAGGAAACACAGACAGGGUGACAAAGGAGAGCUGCAUGAGAGUUGGUAUGGAUGGAGUGAUACUAAAGCCUGUUUCUGUAGAUAAAAUGAGAAGUGUCCUGUCUGAACUUCUAGACCACGGAGUUCUGCUGGAGGCUCAAUAACCAGAACAGAACUGCAUUCAGUAUGAAGCAGCAAUAAGGCAGCUGGUAUACCCUACAGGAGUUGCUUGUACAUACAAGACAGACAUUGCCGCCUUGAGAUUGGAGCAGUGGUGCUAAAAGGGUUGCACACAUAAUGGGAUAUGCUUGGUUGUACAAGUGAUUGCAGGGUCAUUGAUAUAGCGAACAUUGGACAAACUCACAGAAAUUUUUUCCCCCUCCCCAAGUACUGUGGAUGCUUUGUUCAUGUACUACUUAAAUUUGUCACAUGGUGUAGUAUAAUUCUGCUUUGACAAAUCAAAGUUGUAUAAAUAAUUUUGGACACUCUACAGAUAAUAACCUCCAUUUUAGCAGCUAUAA